AACUCCCAACCUACACCUGACGCCCUGAAACUCCCAACCUACACCUGGCACACUGAAACACCCAACCUACACCUGACACCCUGAAACUCCCAACCUACACCUGACGCCCUGACACUCCCAACCUACACCUGACGCCCCACAACACCCAACUUACACCUGACAGACCCACAAAACCCCCACCUAUCCUUUUGUGGGGAAUCUAUGGCCCUGCUUUGAGGUUUCUGUCAGAGAAGGGAGAGCAGAUGCCCGCUGCUUUAGCUAUAUAGACCCUCAGUAGCAUAUUGAAGCCAAAACUAAUGCCACAAACAGCAAGAGAAUGGGGGUGGGGGGGCUAGAAAAGAAAGGGGCAUAAAGCCUGAAUGGGUAGAGUCGCUGCACAUGGAUCAGGUGUAUAUACAGGUGAAUAAAUAAACUCAUAAUACCUGCCCCUGCCCAUACAUCCUAUGAGAGCGCCCUCCCCUGAUCUGGAAGACUGGGCCAUCCUUAUGUUACACGGACAGCAGUUCCCUGACCUCUGUACCAUCAGGAUUAUCCCCCAUGUUUCUUUUUGCAGGAGCCUCUGAUGUUUGAUGACGUGGCCAUAUACUUCACCCCAGAGGAGUGGGGGAGCUUAGAGGAAUGGCAGAAGGAGCUGUACAAGGAGGUGAUGGUGGAGAAUUACCACACCCUCUGCUCACUGGGGAUCCCCAUGGUGAAGUCUGAGCUCCUGUUACUGAUUGAGGGUGGAGAGGAGCCAUGUGUUCAAGGUCAGCCAAGAUGGGAGAAGCUGGGAUGUGAACCAAGGGCCACCCCAGAUGGGAGGAGCCAGAGAUCAGAGGACUGGACAAAUGGAAGGAUGUGGCGGGAUCAGCGGCCGCUCACAUACGGCAGGCGUGUGGUGAGAAAGCGCUGCGGCCGCCGCUCCCCCAACUUCUCCCGCGUGGAGCUGGAGCGCUUCGUGUCCCUGAUGGAUCGCUAUCUCCCGGACGAGCUCCAGAGGACGGGGGCCAUCUCUCUGUGCCAGCGCCGCUCCAUCCUCCAGGAGAUCGCCCGCCGCCUGGAGCCCAUGUCCGGCUGCCUCCGCACCCCGCGCCAGCUGCUCCACCGAUGGGCGGACUUCAACAACAGAGACCCCGAGCGCCUGAUGGAGAUACGGAUGCAGCUCCACUUUGCCGCCAAUGGUGACCAGAACUGGGAAUCAGAUGUGCAGACAGCGCCCUCUGUGGGAGAGCGGUGGAUGCGGAGGACGUCUCAUCACCCAUCAUCAUCAUCAUCUUCUUCUUCCUUGGAGGUGGAGGAGACCCCGGGGGACCCUCUUGAUGCUGUGUGGGAUGAGGGGCUCAGUGAGUCCUCCGCUCAGUAUUCUCCUCUUCUGCCUGACCCUCCUCCGCACACUUCACUCACCACACACAUCGAUGCACAGGGGCGCUACAUAGUGCCGCCACCCCUCCUGGACCCCG